AUGAGUCGUUACUAUCACACUAUAAAUAAAGCUAACCGCACACUUCAACACAUCCAUUUCCCUGGUACUUCAACUUUCCAACAUGGUCUUGAUAUCCAGUCGGCUCUAAUGGAACAGAACCUCAUUUAUAAGCAGUUAGACUCACAGAUACGACGGCUACAAAAACAAAACCCUACGAUAUCCAAUUUCCCACAGAAGUGGCUAACCCAAUUGCAGAGAGUACAGCCACGUCCUACGGUCCUUACAUUCCAAUUUGAAAAUGUGUACGCUUCUGGUUUGAAGCUGAAGAAACAAAUCAGUCAACAAGAUAUUGAAAAUUUCACCAGGUUCGGGUGCAAGUUUUACCAAUUAGAGCGUGGAGGUCAAGUAACUUGGCAUGGAAAAGGGCAGCUUGUAGCAUACGUAGUGAUCGAUUUGAAAUCGUUUGUCAAGCUUUCGGCUAAAUGUUUUGUCAAUAAAGUGUUGCUCCAAUCUGUCGUCAAUAUACUUGAAAUGUUUGGUGUACAAGGUAGAAUCCUGGACGAAAAUCCAGGAGUUUGGGUUUUCAAUAGUGAUGGUGAAGAAGAGGAAAAGAUUACCAGCGUGGGUGUUCGAGUGCGUCAUGGCGUCACUGAAUUUGGAAUUGCCCUAAAUAUUGAUCCAAAUUUAAGCUUUUUAAACACGUUUGAAAUGUGUGGAUUAAAGCUGAAACAAGCAACGUCGUUGAAGGAGGAGUUGGAAAAGAGAGGAUACAGUGACGAACUUCCAAGCAUAGACCAGGCUGCCGAUUUAUUUUCCAUAGAGGUGGCUAAAGCAUUAGAGAUGGAACGUGUAGACAAACUCAUUCUAUAG